GAUGUCGUUUCUUGUGAAACAUGGCGGACGAAAAAGAUGUGGUCGAAAAAACUAUCGCAGAAGACUUGGUGGUCACCAAAUAUAAAAUGGCUGGGGAAAUUGUUAAUAGAGUACUGAAGCAAGUUAUUGAAAAAUGUGUGGUUGGUGCAUCUGUUAAGGAAAUAUGUGAAUUUGGAGAUCAGUUAUUGUCAGAUGAAACCAGCAAAGUAUUCAAGAAAGAGAAGGAAUUGAAGAAAGGCAUUGCUUUUCCUACAUGUGUUUCCAUUAACAACUGCAUUUGCCAUUUUUCACCUGUUCCCAAUGAAGCAGACUGUAUUCUCAAAAAAGAAGAUGUUGUGAAAGUUGAUCUGGGAGCCCAUAUAGAUGGUUUUAUUGCUGUUGUUGCACACACGGUUGUGAUGGGUGCUUCAAAGGAACAUAAAGUAACUGGAAGAAGGGCAGAUGUGGUUUUGGCUGCUCAUUUUGCAUCCCAAGCUGCCCUCAGGUUACUGAAACCAGGAAAUGAAACAUAUGCAAUAACUGAUGCAGUACAAAAGGUUGCAGAAUCUUACAAGUGUAAACCAGUUGAAGGCAUGUUGAGCCAUCAGCUGAAACAAUUCAAAAUCGAUGGUGAGAAAACUGUCAUCCAAAACCCCAAUGACGCCCAGAAAAAAGAACAUGAAAAAUUCGAGCUGGACAAACAUGAGGUGUACGCGAUGGACGUUCUCAUCAGCACUGGCGAGGGUAUCGGCAAAGAAACCGAGACCAGAGUGUCCAUCUACAAGAAGACCGAGGAGACCUACCAGCUGAAACUCAAAGCAUCGCGGACCUUCUAUACAGAGGUGCGGACGAAAUAUGGGAGCAUGCCGUUCAAUUUGCGGUCGUUCCAGGACGAGACUAAGGCGAAAAUGGGCGUUGUUGAGUGCGUGAAGAAUAAGCUCAUUGAGCCUUUCCAAGUACUUUAUGAAAAGCCAGGCGAGUUCGUCGCCCACUUCAAGUUCACGGUACUCCUCAUGCCGAACGGGCCCCACAAAAUAACCGGCCUGCCUUUCGACGCCGACUUGUACCAGUCUGAGUAUUCCGUGACCAGCCCCGAGCUCAAGUCGAUCUUGAACAGCUCGGCGAACCCGAAGGCGGCCAAGAAGAAGAAAAAGACGUCGGAGAGUGCCUCGGAGGCCCAGCCGAUGGAGGUGGAGGCGGCCGCUUGAAGUAGGGUUAGUGAUCGAGACUUUGUCUUCUACGUCCCACAGAUUAAUUAAUUGUUUUUUUUUUCUUCCUUCUUCUUUUUUGAUGUGGUUAGGAUGUUUUCUGGUUCCGAUGUUUUUCUUUUGUAAAUGAUAUUUUGGACAAUCAGUUUUGGAUGAUUUUUUUACUAUCGAGUUAGUAGACCAAACAAAAUAUUUUGAAUUGAAUUUUUUCUGAAUUACAAACGAAAAUUGUAAUUUUUGUUGACAAGAAGAUCGAUUUUUUUCAUAUCUUAUAACUCUGACUUUCCCUUUUAUUAUUCACUUUACUCAUUUUGUCAAAUAUGUAACAAUGUACUAAAAAAGUGAAAUUAAAUAUUUGCUAUUUUGAA